AUGUUACUUUUAAGUGCAUCUGCACUACAAUGUUACCAAUGUUUAAUCAAUCCUCAACCUGGGGAAUAUUAUAAUACAACGAAGAGACUGUGCGUGCACUUCGAUUACUCAGACAAAUUCAUUGUUGACUGUCCAUUCUCUACAAUGUGUAUGAAGAAGGACUUCUACCUUGAUAUUCAGAAUGGAGUGAGAAUAAACGCCGUCCUUCGCGAUUGCGCUCAACAGAAGAACGAAUACCAGGAUUACAAGAACGGCAAGUGGUCUCCAAAGACUGAGGUUGUAGAAGCUUACGAAGAGGGUUGUACGUCCGACAAUAGAGGAGACAAAGCUGUUGUCAAUAAAUAUUGCUACUGUCGCAGUGAUCUCUGCAACUCUUCAAACACAAACCACGAGGGAUACACAGACAUAAUGGGAGUAAUUGUCGUAUUUAAUUUAAUGAAAUACAUAAAUAGUCUCAGGUAG